GUGCGAGCGUCUGUCAGUCUGGAGCCCUGGUACUCGUACACCCACUGGUACCCCAUGGCGUCGGGCCAUGUGAAGAAGAGCCCGGCGGAGCGCCCGGUGCCGCGGAUGCAGCCGGCCAUGAUGAUGUUCUCCAGUAAGUACUGGUCCCGGAGGGGCAUGUCGCUGGACUCGGCCAUGUUCCAGCAGCAGAGACACACCGGGGGGCAGAUGUCGAGGCGUCCGUCCUUCUGUCCCAUCAGUGAGACACCGGACACAGAGAGCCCCGGGGAUUCUGGGAAAACAGCGGUAGUGUUUUCUCUGAAGAACGAAGUGGGUUGUCUGGUCAAAGCUCUGAGAAUCUUCCAGGAGCAGCGAGUGAACCUGUCCCACAUCGAGUCCCGUGCAUCCCGGCGUGUCCUGAGUGAGGUGGAGAUCUUGGCCGUCUGCAGCUGCAGCCAGAGAGAGUUCAACGAGCUGCUGACGCUGCUCCGAGAUGCCGUCAACAUCGUCUCCGUCAACACGCCGCCCAAUGCCUGGGCCAGCGCUGAUGAAGAGGGAGAUGAUGUUCCCUGGUUCCCGAUGAAGAUCUCUGAGUUGGAUCAGUGUUCUCACCGAGUGUUGAUGUACGGAUCCGAGCUGGACGCUGACCAUCCGGGCUUUAAAGAUGAAGUUUACCGUCAGAGGAGGAAAUACUUUGUGGAUGUGGCCAUGAAUUAUAAAUUUGGGCAGCCCAUCCCUCGUAUUGAGUACACUGCGGAGGAGGUCCGUACGUGGGGCGUGGUGUUCCGGGAGCUGACCCAGUUGUACCCGACCCACGCCUGCAGAGAGUACCUGAAGAACCUGCCGCUGCUCAGCAAGCACUGCGGUUACCGUGACGACAACAUCCCGCAACUGGAGGACGUCUCGCUGUUUCUCAAAGAGCGGUCUGAGCGGGACACGUGCCAUGAGUUGCUGGGUCACGUUCCUCUGCUGGCCGAUCCCAAAUUCGCUCAGUUCUCUCAGGAGAUCGGCCUGGCGUCUCUGGGCGCGUCGGACGAAGACGUGCAGAAACUGGCCACACUGCCUGUGUUUCCCAGCAUGCCCUGCAGACUAACAGCUGCCUGUGUUUCCCAGCAUGCCCUGUCGGAGGCAGCGUGCGUGCGGCUGUUUGACCCGAAGACGACCUGUAACCAGGAGUGUCUGAUCACCACCUUCCAGGACGUUUACUUUGUCUCCGAGAGCUUCGAGGAGGCCAAGGAGAAGAUGAGGGAGUUUGCCAAGAUGAUAAAGCGUCCGUUCUCGGUGUACUACAACCCGUACACGCAGAGCAUCGACCUGCUGAAAGACACCGGCAGCAUCGAGAACGUGGUGCAGGAUCUCCGCAGCGACCUGACCACCGUCUGUGACGCGCUGGGCAAGAUGAACACCUACAUGGGCAUCUGACAUGCCACGCUCUGAUUGGUUCACACCUCACAGUCUCACACCUGUGACAGAAACACAGGAACAAGAUUUACUACAUGAACAUGAAGCUAUUGCUGUCUGAGCCCGCUGUUAUUAAAGCGUAACUCUCGCCAAAA